UGGCCCCGGACCCGCCCGGACGGCGACUUCCGUGGUGAGCCGGUCCUCCACGUCGCUCGUUGGCGUCGAAGACCCGCCCGGGCCGCCCCCCACGGCCACAGCUCAAAUCCGGAGCCGGGGGUGGGAAAAGCUUGGCUGAGAAUCGCUUCGUCCCGACAGCCACUACUAGCAAGUAGGAACUGCCCCGACCGAGCUUGCUGCUCCGGCCGGUGUGCGCCGUGCCCGUGCGCGAUAAUGGAGGGCGACGAGAAGUCGGCGGGCGGGGCCCCGGCGUACUGGGGCCUGGGCGCGCGGCCCUGCGACGCGUGCGGCGCCGAGGCGGCGCGCCUCUACUGCCGCGCGGACGCGGCGUUCCUGUGCGCCGGGUGCGACGCGCGGGCGCACGGCGCCGGGUCGCGCCACGCGCGGGUCUGGCUCUGCGAGGUCUGCGAGCACGCGCCGGCGGCGGUCACGUGCCGCGCCGACGCCGCCGCGCUCUGCGCCUCCUGCGACGCCGACAUCCACUCGGCCAACCCGCUGGCGCGACGCCACGAGCGCCUCCCCGUGGCGCCCUUCUUCGGCGCGCUGGCCGACGCGCCCAAGCCCUUCGCCUCGUCGGCGGCGGCCGUGCCGCCCAAAGCGACGGCCGGGGCCGACGACGACGGGAGCAGCGAGGCCGAGGCGGCGUCGUGGCUCCUCCCCGAGCCCGACCACGGGCACAAAGAAGAAGGCGCCACCACGGAGGUGUUCUUCGCGGACUCCGACCCGUACCUCGACCUCGACUUCGCGCGUUCCAUGGACGACAUCAAGACCAUCGGCGUCCAGGGCGGGCCACCAGAGCUCGACCUCAACGGCGCCAAGCUCUUCUACUCCGACCACUCCAUGAACCACAGUGUGUCAUCGUCGGAGGCAGCGGUGGUGCCCGACGCGGCGGCUGGCGCGGCGCCCGUGGUGGCAGUGGUCAGCAGGGGCCUGGAGCGGGAGGCGCGGCUGAUGCGGUACCGGGAGAAGCGCAAGAGCAGGCGGUUCGAGAAGACGAUCCGGUACGCGUCCCGCAAGGCGUACGCGGAGACGCGGCCGCGCAUCAAGGGCCGGUUCGCCAAGCGCACGCCGGGGGCUGGGGAGGACCCGCUGGAGGAGCACGAGGAGAUGUACUCCUCGGCCGCGGCGGCCGUGGCUGCGCUCAUGGCCCCCGGCGGAGCCGACGCGGACUACGGCGUCGACGGCGUCGUGCCCACAUAUUGAUCGAUCUCCGCAGCAAUUGCAACGCCGACAUGUACACUAGUUUGCCUCGAGCUUUUGGGGCUGUAAUUUUUGCUGCAUGCUUUGCAUGCAAAGCUCUCGUGUAUAUGAGAGGACUUCCAAGCGCGCGAGCGCUCUCUUUUCCUCCCUCUUCUCUAAUUCCUAUAUAGUAUAUUAUUACUAUACGAACUGCUAAUCUGCAUCUUUUACUUUUA